UGAAAUAUUAACGUGCUGUGUAGUCAAGGACACUCAAGAAGGAUAUUUGCAAUAAGCCUAUGUAAGUCAGGGAGAAAAUGCAAAAGAGCAAAAUUAAUAUAACUGGUUACAUUUAGCAACCGUGUCGGUCAGCUUGAUGAAAAAAAAAAUCCGCUGACAUUGGGUUUUUGAACAGGCUUCUUUUGGGCAGGCUUCAGGACGCAAACAUGGCGGCCUCCUUACGGCUAGGACAUCGAGCUGUUUUAACUGGUUUGAGAUUUAUUUCGUUUAAAAAAUGUCCCCACUUAAGUCAGAGCUCGUCCAGGCAUUUGUUUCAGUCGGCAUAUUUAUUGGGGGUCGCCCCUCUCAAAGUGCAGAUGCCUGCCCUCUCCCCCACCAUGGAAGAGGGCAACAUCGUGAAAUGGCUGAAGAGCGAAGGUGAGGUGGUGGCAGCUGGCGAUGCUCUCUGCGAAAUUGAGACAGACAAGGCUGUGGUUACCAUGGAAUCCAAUGACGAUGGAAUACUAGCUAAAAUCCUGAUGGAGGAAGGGAGUAAAAAUGUGCGUUUAGGGACUCUUAUUGCUUUGAUGGUUGAAGAAGGGGAAGACUGGAAACAAGUGGAAAUCCCUCCUCUUGUCUCCUCCCAGCCUGCUCCAGCUCCUCACCCACCUUCAGCUACGCCGCCCUCGCUAGCACCUGGAGCUGCACCUGCUGUUGGACUGUUGCGGUUGAGUCCUGCUGCCAGACACAUUUUAGACACACAUGGUUUGGAUCCUCACUUGGCUACAGCCACUGGACCACGAGGGCUCAUCACUAAAGAAGAUGCCCUAAACCUCUUGAAGAAAGGAGAUGCAGGCCAACGAGCAGCUCCAGUAUCUGCACCUCCUCCAUCUUCUCCUUCUUCCCCUCAUGUUCCUCCACCAGCUCCUGCCUCUGGACGGCCUCUUCAUCCAGCCAUCUCGGUCCCUGGAAAACCUGAUGCUCCAGGCACCUUCACAGAGAUCCCAGCCUCUAAUGUGCGGAGAGUGAUCGCACAGAGACUCACGCAGUCCAAAACCACCAUACCUCAUGCAUAUGCCUCAGUGGACUGUGAUCUGGGUGCCGUGAUGCAGCUUCGCAAAGAGUUAGCCCAAGAGGAGAUCAAGGUGUCUGUCAAUGAUUUCAUUAUCAAAGCUGCUGCUGUUACACUCAAAGAAAUGCCAGAAGUCAAUGUGACCUGGUCAGGAGAUGGACCACAAGCACUGGACUCCAUCCAUAUUUCUGUUGCCGUGGCAACCGAACGUGGCCUCAUCACACCUCUCAUUAAAGAUGCAGCGGACAAAGGCGUGCAGGAGAUCGCCGCCAAUGCCAAGGCGCUGGCUCAGAAAGCAAGAGCAGGGAAACUGUUACCAGAAGAAUAUCAGGGAGGAUCCUUCAGUAUCUCUAACCUGGGAAUGUUUGGCAUCAGCGGCUUCAGCGCAGUGAUUAACCCUCCUCAGUCGUGUAUCCUGGCAGUGGGGCGAUCCAGGGCUGAGUUGAUGCCAGCAGCAGAGGGCCUCUGCACACAGCACCUAAUGACCGUCACCCUGUCCAGCGAUGGGCGUCUAGUAGAUGAUGAGCUUGCCUCACGUUUCCUUGAAAAAUUUCGCAAUAAUUUGGAGAAGCCCCAACGCAUGACCCUUGUUUAGAAAAGAGGACAGAAGUACAGAAAAGUAAAAAGAGGAGUACAGCAGACUGAAUGUUACCAAUUAUCUACUAUAGCAGAGUUAAUCAACAUUGACUAAAGAAAGCUAUUUAAAAAAUAAUAAUAAAAAUCCUGGCACACAGGUAAAUUGAGCCAUGUUACUCAAGUCCCUUCUUUAAGUUAUAUUUUUUGAAAAUGAAAAGAUUUUGUUUUGGCACAUUUGGACUUGUAUGGGUAUUUAAAUAUUUCACUAAUAUUAUAUUUCAUAAAUAGAUCAGUAUAAAAAUAUGGCACUUUAUUAUUCUUAUAAAUUAGGUCUUCUGUUUUGACCAGCUUUUUCCAAAUGUGCAUUAUUUCUACAUUUCCUCUCAAAUCUCAGAGGAAAUAUAGCGAAAUCUCAAAUCCCCAUUCUCCUAAAUGGCACAACUGACUGCCAGCUCACGUUCAUAGAAGUGGUCAGUCACUCAGCUCUCUCCAUAUUUCUUCAGCUGCCCUACAACAUUACAUGAGCAGCAGUUAAAAAAAAAAAAAAAGACAUGAUUGCUGCCUUCACAUAUCUUGUGAAGCCAUGAAGAACAUGGCUACCCUGCAUGGUGCUAUAUGAUGGAGAAGCAAGAUAUUUAGACAUCUGCUGGGAAUUAGCAACUACUAACACUUUAAAUAAGGAAACAGAAUAAAUGGGAACUCUGUGGUGUCAUACACCAAACAGGAACACAAAAUAAAAAUGUCUACUGAACCAAAA